GUCCAUCAUCAUUCCAAUCUGAUUAGCAAAGAAGAAACAUCUCUAGUAAAAUAAUUUGUCUGUCGAUACUUAUAUAAUUUGCGUCAACCUGUUUGCUUUCACUUUCGAUUUGCCUUGGAUACAUAUUUCCGCUGCGUAGUUUGCGAAUUGUACUAUUUUGUUAUUGCUGUAUUGAUUCGCUAUGAAUUUCAGGAGAUUUUUUCUGUUACUUCUUGGAUUUUUAUCCAUUGACGGUACCUCUGGAUGGAUGAGUAAUCUGCUGAUGACUGGGCCCAAGGCUCUUCUGUCGUACUACCCCAGUGUGGCUGCUGGCGCCACGAACGCGUUGCUAGAGUGUCAGCGCCAGUUUAAGUGGGAUAAAUGGAACUGCCCAGAGAGCUCGAUCGUCAAGUUCGCCCGUAAUGAAUUACCACGUAAGUUGUAUUUUCCCUUUUUCUUUAUAAUGUGUAUAAGAGACAGAUGUGGAUGCGACGACAGUUAUAUUGGAAGACAAGGAGGUGAUGAAUGGACCUGGGGCGGUUGCAGUGAUAAUGUUGAUUUUGGUGACCGUAUUGCACGACAAUUUGUUGACGCAUUAGAGACGGGGAGCGACGCAAGAGCCGCAAUGAACCUGCAUAACAGUGAAGCUGGAAGAAGGGCUGUUCAUCAGACUAUGAACAAGGCGUGUAAAUGUCAUGGCGUGUCCGGAAGCUGUUCUAUCCAAACGUGUUGGAAGCAAUUGGCGGAGUUUGGUAGUGUUGGUUCGUUACUCAAAAAGAAGUUCGAAAACGCGGUACGUGCAGAUUUCGUCAGCGGUGCUUCGUCAAAUGAAGGAAACAUGGCCCAUCCUGAGUUCAUCGGUGUUAGCAAGAAGGAGCUAGUGUACCUUGAUACGUCACCUAACUACUGCCUGGCAAACACAACCGCAGGAAUUACUGGUACCGAGGGAAGAGAAUGCAUCCGAGGCAAGGGAAACGAUGAUGACCUGUCCAAGUGGGAGAAGAAAAGCUGCAAGCGAAUCUGCUCAAGUUGUGGAUUGAGUGUUAAGAAAACCAAGGUUAUUCGCAAGUCGAGUUGUAACUGCAGCUUCCAGUGGUGUUGUAACGUUAAAUGUGAUGAGUGCGUCGAGGAGGUAACAAUCCUGACUUGCUCUAGGAAAACCACAUAGUUAAACUUUUUAUCUAGAGAAAAUUAUGUAGGUUUGCCGUAUGCUGCGGUAUUAUUUCUUGCCCUUGAAGCAAAGUUUGUAAGUAAUACAUAGUCUGUAUAUCUAUAAAAAAAAAAUAUAAUGCCAUGUUUUUUAAGCUAAACCAUUACCUUUAUCUUGAUUCAUAUGCACAGGCAAUUUGUCGUUGUCAUGCCAAUUUGUGAUGUCUACGCUUUUUAUUAUUUCAAGAUAAUGCCAGUUUAAGACAAACAAUCAAGCUAGCAAUAAAGACAUUAAAAUGAUAUAUUUUUUAAUAGAGUGGUUCAUCGGCACUGUCAUAUACUACGUUGUUGUGGCGAACUAUUUCUAUUGUGAUGUAUAUAUUUUCCUUGUAUAUUAUUAAAUUAUAUGAACAUUGAA